AAAAACAGGAAACUAUAUAAUUUUUCAAUCCCAUAUAUCUUCUCUGCAUUUCUUUUAAAUCAUAUAAAUCUUUCCAAUCAUCCCAAAUUCUCUUCUUCUGCAACCUUCCCAAUCAUAGCUCAAACCCUAGCUACAUACACGGGAUAGACAUUUUAAUGUAAAGAUACGGAAAGAGAAAAGAUUGAGCCAGGGAUCUGGUUUCAGCGAUCUGGAAGAAUCUGCAAUGUGGGUGUUGAGGAGGAAAUUACACUCGGCAGUGGAAGAAGCGGCACUGGUGAAGCACCGAUACAAAGGCUGGGGGGAAGAGCGGAAGUCGAAGUUGACAGCGAGCACCCUCAAGAAUGCGUUAGGGUUUCGCAGGGGCAGCCGCGUUGCCCUGUGGAAGGAGAAAGUCGGCCUGGCGAAGCCCUUCAACGGAUGCCCAGCCACCUGGUGGACCAACCUUUACGAAGAGACCGCCCUCGACAAGUACAAGGAAAUCACCGGCAACGACGUCUCUCUUACCGGCUUCCAUGUCUAUGAAAAGAACAGAGACGACUGGCUGGCUGCAUCGCCCGACGGCCUCAUCGAAGGCCAAAGCGGAGUGCUGGAAAUAAAGUGCCCUUUUAACUGUUUGGCGGAGACGGCGGACAAAGACAAAAUGGCGUUUCCGUGGGCGGCCGUUCCAGCGGUGUGCAUGCCCCAGGCGCAGGGGCUCUUGGAGAUCCUCGACCGCGACUGGUUGGACUUCUUUGUCUGGACUCCGCGCGGCUCUAGUCUCUUUCGGAUUAACAGGGACCCGCAAUACUGGGCUCUUAUUUUCCCUCAACUCCGUGACUUUUGGUUGCAACACGUCGUGCCUGCCAAGACUCUCCGCCCGCCCGACAUAAAUUCGCUUUGCCCCUCUCCUCAGAACCCUAACUUUGCCGAUAUUUGGAUUAAAAGUACACGGCUCGUUGGCGGUUCACGUUUGCUUGUCAAGGAAUCUCAUUCUUGAAGUCUCCUGCAUUAAGCAUUGGACUAUGGAUGAAUACUUUCUAAGUUUGGAAUUGGAGGACAGAACCCCCUGAUUUUCAUUGCUGAAUUAGUGGUUGGAAACCUCUGAUUCAGAUUUGCAGUUAUCAUAUCCAGAGAUUGUAUAUUAACUUCAAGUUGAUUGGUAUAUUGAAUUCAGGUAAAAUCUUUGUUUAGUUUGCAUAGAAGAUUUUCUUGAUAAUUUUGUAGCUACUCUCAUAGAGCCACUUAUCUAUAAUUUUUAACAACACAUUUUGUUGAUAGCGGAAUUGGCAAGUCAGGAUUGGUGUAUUUUGACAGCAAUUUCUAAUAUGCAUAAGACGAUAAUAUUCCAAAGAGCUGUGGUGAUGCAAUUUGUUCAUUGCAAUGUCUAAAGUGGUGAUGGUUCAUAUUUAAAAUUGCUAUUGUUAUUCCUUCUUGUGUGGUGGUAGCUGUAUGACUAUAAAUCUGCAAUUCUAAAUAUCAGGAAUCCGAAUUCUUUCUUCAUAUUCGAAAGCAGUGAUUCAAACUCUUCUCAGCACUUCCAUUUUGGGCAUUGGUUUCAAGAGAUACUUGUGUUCAAGUGCAGUGUUUCAUAUUGUCUCUAGCACUACCAAUUGUGGGAGUUCUAAUUCAAUUGUGCAGUUCAUUA